AUGUCUAGAUUAGCUGGCUCGGCAAUUUCGCAGGGACCAUAUGUUGGACGAAUCGAUCGAUGGUCCGAGUGGAGACCGACAAGUGAGGAACCACUUUGGCUCCUCCUCUCAGGUGCCACAGAUCCGCCAAAAGAAAUUGGAAUUUCAAAGAGAAGGGCUCGUGAUGUAAAAGGAGAAAGGAAUGGUGAAUUUCUAGCAGGUAUAACUCAUGACUUAAUUCACAUGGAAGACGUGGUUGGAGCAAAGUUGUACAACACUGUGAAGGACCUUUAUCUAUCCAAGGACGCAGCUCUCCGACAAGGAGAUAGGAAUGGUGUAUUUUUAGCUGGUGUGGCUCAUGAUUUAGUCAACAUGGAAGAUGUAGUCGGAUCAAAGCUGUACAACACUGUUAAAGAUCUUUAUCUCACUAAGCAUGCAGCUCUUCGACACAUCACCUUGCUUUUUGAAAAAUGCAAGGACACAAACGCCAAGCCUAUGUUGUACUAUACAGGGCAUGGUGAGAUUGGCACUGGAAACUGGUGUUUUGAAGAUGGAACAAUCAGUAUCCAAGAAAUAUUUGACAACAUGCCGGAAGGCUGUUACUACCCAAUGAUCUUCAGCGAUGCCUGCUUCAGUGGAAACUGGGCAAAUUUUUGUCUCAACAAAGGUAUUGCCGGUUUUAAUUGCCUUGCAGCGUGCCCAGAGUACUCAAAGGCUACUGAUACGAAAGGUGUGUAUAGAGCGAAUAAUUAA